AAGGUUACAUAAGCAGUGUUUCCUCCGUGGUCGACACACUCCAUCUCUGACCACCUGACCAUCCAUUAUCCAUACUUCGCUCUCAGCACAUGUAGCUUCUGAAACGUUCAACGUUCCUGAAAAAAUACCCUACAUUCGCCCUUGGUCGUGCUGGCUAGCAAGCAGUACAGUAUAUAAGCGAGCGCCUUACCUCAUCCACCACACUAUUGCACUGAAGGAUCCAAAGGCAACAUGUUCUUCCAGGUCGUGCUCUCUUCUGUGUGUCUGUGCGCCUGCGCAGUAAAAGCAGUUCCCCAGAGCUACGGAGUCCUGGAGGUGUCUCACCCAGAGCCAAACCAGGCAGACCUUGGACCCUUCGAGAACAUGGUAAGCGCCACCAUUGACGUCCUUCCUGAAAUUAGGGAAGUGUUUCAAAGGAUUACCAGUAGGCGCGACCCAUCAGCGGACCCUGUUAGCUUGAAAGUUAUGGAAGACAUCAUUAUGUCCUUCCUUCCCAUCACCGAGAAGAUACUAAAAAUCUCGGCUAAAGCUGAGGGCAGGGAACUGAGGCCCGAAGAGCUAGAAAGACUGGACCGGACCAAGGAGAUCCUGCCUGCAUACUUUCGUCUUAUGAACGACAUUGCAAAAGCGGAUUUUCCAACACUAGUUAACGGCGAUGAAGUACGUCUCGUCCCAGCCGCUGCUUCUCCACCUGUCCUCUUUACUUCCACUGACUCGUCUUCUAUCAACUAUGGCCAGAAAUUAUCUACCGAGGUAAACACUGGCACCCAAGGCUCGGGGAGGGCCAGCUACGGUAAUGCCUUCUUCACCUUGCCUGGAACCGGUAAUUAAUCCAUAAAGCAUCCAGUUGGUGACGUACGUUGACGCAAACUGAUAGACUUGCACUAAAGAAAGACACUACAUACACAUGCGCAAAACAAAAGUGUUAGACAGUCAGCCAUGUAUACAAACACACCAUUUUAAGUUCAAAGAAGAACUAUUUUUAUAAUUUGUAUAUAAGGAUCUACGAGCAGUUUUUUUUAAGAAAAACUUAACUUGUAACGUU